AUGGCACUCAAAGUAAAAAUUAUACUCAGUAUGAUAGCACUUCCCUUAGCUUUAUUUGUUGCUUCAGUUUUCUGGAUAUUAUCAAUUUAUUAGACAAUUAUACCAAAAACCUAAUUAUCUGUGUAAUAGCUAUCAGUUAAAUUACUAAAUGAAACUUUAUAAUUUGAAUCAAGAGCCCUAUUCAUCGUAACCAAAAUAAAUUAAUCAAUGCAAUUCAACAGUCCCUUUAUUAUAAGAAAUGUAAUAUUCAAUCAAUUUACAAAUAACACAUUAAGAAUGCUUGAUUAAACAGAAAUCCACAGUUUGGAACUGUUUCUGGCUCCCUUGUAUAAAUCUCACAGAUUGGAAUAUUUUACGAUAUUGUGUAAAGAUAAAUAGGAAUACUUAUCGAUUGGUGAGGGUAGUUAAUAGUUUACAAAGGAAUUUAUAAAUUGGACUAGUCUCUACGAGGCAAACUUAAUCAUCAAUGAAAAUUAAAUUAAGAUCACGGUUGGAAAUUAGAAAUGUAAUAUUCAAGUCUACUAUGGAGUGAGAGAUUUCAUUAUUAGUAUGCUAAAAAAUGCAGAAUUUGUGACUAAUUAAGUAUAAUCAAGAACCGUUUUACUUGAUGCUCAUCCAUACAAUGUCAUUUGGCAAGAAAAUAAUGAGACAAAUUUAUCAAAGAUUCUGGAUGUCGACAAUGAGAAGACUUUAUAAAUUUUGAAGUUCAAUAGGUAGGAGGAUGAAUUUGGAUGUUUAAAGUAAGAACCUAAGACAAUCAGUUAUGAAUCAAACACAGAAAACCGAUUAAUUAAAUAUAUUCAAUUUUCUAUAAGUGACCUCCAUUACAAAUGUAACUAGUAAUAUAGCGUUAAAUUGACCUACAUGAUGAUAAUAUCUCUAAACUAAUUCCACGAACAUUUGGGCACUUAGGAUCUUAAUUAUGAUAGACUCAACUAUGCUACUAAUAGUUAUGCUUGUCUUAUCAUUUUAUUGAUUUUCUAUUUUUACAGAGUUGCUGUCAAAGUUGCAUUAUCAUUUGAAGUGCCUAUUGAGAGAAUUACAGAAAUAAUAAAUGAACCUUAUAAAUUUCAUUAUGAAAAUUCAAGCUAAAGAAUGGACUUAAGACAGCAACUCCAUAACUAAGAGCUUUUAUAACUUUAUGACUCAUUGCUCUUAUGUGUAAUCAUGCAUCAAUUUCAUUAAAAACAAUAGUUGUUAAAUAAUAACGAUAAGGGAGCAGAGUAUUUAUAAAAUUUGUGUUAAAUUAAGUCUUUCUACAAGUUCUGUCAAAAUAAGUGGAUGGUGAGUGUUUGUGGUAAUAAUAUGGCCAUGAUUCAUUAUAAAAAUAAAAGAUAUUCUGAAGCUCUAAACUAAUUAGCUGAAUCUAUAAUGAUAGGUAACAAAGAAUUGACUAGUUUGAAAUAGAUUGAGAAAUUAAGAAAAAAGAUAGAAAGGAAUCAUUUUGGAAAAUCUAUUUUAAAUAGGUUGUAAUCCUAUAUUAUUAAUAAAUUUGCUGGGAAAUCGUCCAAUAUUAUAGAUCAAGGAAGGUUCAAAUCUUAAGAGGAACAAAAUAGGGCAUGUCUCUCUAUGUCAAUUCAUAAAAGCAUGGCUCUAAAGAACUCAAUCGAAGAUAAAUAAUAAUGCUAUCAAUCGAUUGGGCAAUAACAAAGUCAAGAAUAUAGAUAAAAUUAUAAAAGAGACAAAGACUAGUUAACUUUGUGUUUAUUCUUUAGAAAAUAUGCUUACAUCAUUAUUCUGUUUAAGUUCUGCAUAAAUUCAGAUUCCAAACUAUUUAAUGAAACAAUCCAAAAUAUCAAACAGCUGGAAGAAGAAAUCAGUCAAAAAUAAAAAUGGAAAAAAAGUAAGUAUCUAACUCUUAUGAGAAUUAAAGCCUAAAUUAAAUUGUUCUAUUGCUACAUGUAAUUGAAGAUGUAUGAAUCUGCUUACACCACUAAUUAAUUCUUAUUAGGACAAUAUGAUUACUAUCUUGGAUUAGAAGAUGAUCAAAUUAAUUACCAUAUAGGAUAUAAUACAUUCGAAAAUAUUCCUAUUAGUUAUAUGUAAGUCUAACUAGCAUUGCAGAAAAUUGUUUUGAUGAAGUUCAAUAAUCAAAAUUACUAAGCUGCACUAGAGUCCGCAAAUCUAUUUAAGAAAUUAGAUGAUCAAAAUUAAAAAGUUUAAUUAUAGCUACUUAAGAUAUUGGAGGAGAUCUUUGUACAAUACUACUUAGAUAAAGAUUUGAUUACUAUUCAAAGGGAAGUCAUAAAUUAAGAAUAAUAAAAAGUAAUCAUUUUAAUUGAUUACUCUAAAACUAUGGCAUUCAAUUAAAUUUAAAUCUCAUAGACCUAUUGUAAAUAUAUUCUAUAAAGAGUAUACAAAUCAACUUCAGUGGGAUUAUAUUUAUUUAAUGAAAUUCUAUUCGAAGCAUUUAAACUAUAAAAUUAAAUGUACACCUAAGAUCUAUAUUCUUAAAUAUUGGAUAAACUGUUAUUGCCUCCAGGAGGAACCAGUCAAUUGUUUGAAGUCAUCAAACAAAGCGUUAAACUAUUUCGUAAUUCUGAUGAAACUAAAUUUGAAAAUUAUUUGUGCUUAUUCACAGAGUUUUAAUCCUAAAACAUAGAGCAGAAUUUUUAUGAAAUAAGAACUCUUUUGCAUUUCAAUAAAAUUAAGUUGGUCGUCUUUUAAAUUCAGAAUUCUAAUAGAAAUAUCUAAAUUGCUUAACAUAUGAGUGAUUAUUGUAAUGGGCUUUUAAUACAAAACGAAAAAUAAAUAACGAAUUGGUUAGAUUCUUUAGGCCAUACAAAGGUUUAACAUAGUCAUUACUUUGAGUUUUGGUGA